AUGCAAAUUACUAUCUCGGUGUGCGAUGAGCUGCGGUGGCUAGCUACGAACGGAUGGUCCGGUCAUGGCAACCCUCUCGCCUCUCAUAAAAUCGAGUGCACAACCGCCGGUCCCAACUGGGCCAUCUCACUUACCGAUCUCGUGGGACAUUCGACUCUUAUUGAUCUUGCAGUCAGCGGUGCCGUCUCCGAUUCAGACAUCAUUAAAUCACAACCGGUUGAUUUCCGCGGACAAACAACAGCCUUCCUGAACUACGUCGCUCGCUCCCGCAACGUACCGUGGACAAGCCGCAAUUCCAUUUUUACCAUCACAUUUGGAAGUGAGGAGGAUAGUUAUUCCGAAUCACGAUCACGCGCUGAUUUGUUCACAGCCAAUGACGUGAACCUCUCCUUCAAAAACGCGCAGGGAAACGGAACCUCAGUCUAUUCGAAAGAUCUAACAUCUUAUUUCAACACAGUCGAUAAGCUUUACAACGCAGGCGCGAGGCAGUUUGUGUUCAACAACGUCGUUCCUUUUGACCGAGCCCAGAUCGGAAUCGAUCAAGGCGGCAAACUCGCCGCUAAACUCAAGGACAACAUCAACGAAUUCAACUCCCAACUCGCCGCCAAAGCUGCUAGCUAUUGCUCUUCUAAACGCGAUAUCACUUGUCAAGUCUUUGAUACUCAUACGACUUUCGCAAAUGUGAUGGACAACUAUGCUGCUUAUGGAUUCGCAACUCCCUCUGGGUACUGUGCCGCAUAUGCUAAUCAGCGAACUUGCAAUGUCGUUUCGCAAGACCGGUCUUGCCUUGGACCCAUUUCUUCGUACGUUUGGUGGAAUGAUCUGCACCCUUCAUGCGCCGCGGACCUCGUUUGGGCAAAGGCGUUGAAGGUUCAGCUUUCGUAUGUUUCUUGA